AUGAGCAGAGACGCGGAGGCGGCUGCGUCGAACGAGGUAGGCCAGGCUGAGGGCCAUGGCAGCUCGCGAGCGGACGAGUUACUUGCUGGCGGCGAAGGCGACGCGUACGGCGCUGGAGAGGUCACGCCCGGAGUCUUGGAUGGAGUCCAUGGAGGAGCCGUCCUCUUUGCCUCGUUUGUGCCUGGGACAGAGAACAAAGUCGUCGUGACAGGCGGGGAGGAUGGCAUGUGCAAGGUCUGGAGAAUCGAUGCUAAUCCGGGAACCGGAGAUGAACCGCUCCCGCCGCCGCUCGUUGUCCUCGAACACAAGGAGGCCAUCUCGUCCAUGGUCGUCACCAGCAACUGUGUCUUUGCUGGCGGAGAAGGUGGUUCGGUUUUCCAGUGGUGGCUCGGCAACGGUGAGACGCAGCACAUCUUUGAAGGUCAUCGUGCACAGGUCCACGACAUGCUCCUUGUUGACGAUGCCAAGGCCCUCUCCUCCUAUCCCUCGGUUGUGGUCUCCGACUCCCCAGUCCCGGCGCCCAACUGGCUCAACACCUCGGCAACUGCCCGCACGCCCACAGUCCUUGUCUCGGCUGGCUUUGACGACAAGAUCCGGGUGUGGGACGUGCUCCGCGGAACGUGCCGAGUCACCUACCGUAGACACACGUCGCGCAUCGCUGCCCUCGCCCGCCACCGUGACCUCCUCUUCUCGGCCUCGUGGGACAUGACCGUCAUGGCUUUUUCGCUCUCCGCCCGCCAGCGCGAUCCGCCGCCGCGCUUCAUCUGCCGCGGCCACACAGACUCGGUCAAGACCCUUGCCCUCACUGCCGACGCCUCGUUGUUGGUCACCGGCUCGCGCGACCACACCCUGCGCCUGUGGGACGUUGCUGCCCUCGUCGCAGACGCCGCAGAGGCGAUGGGUGACGUCCUCGGCUCCGGCUCGUCAUCCGCUCUCAACCUCUCCGCCGCAGACUCGUCGUCCCACAUGGCUGCCGCCCUCGCAGACGCGCGCUCCGCUGCAAAUCGCCUCGCAGGCUCCGCCCCAUCCGCCUCCCCCGCUGGCGUUGCUGCCACCAUCGCCACCGACUCGGAGUCGCGCCGCCGCCGCAAGAAGCGCCGGAAGAAGCACAGUUCGCGUCGCUCACGCUCCGUGCCCGACCCGGUCGUCGUGGAAGACCUCGCCGUCCUCGCCGGUCACGAGGCCGAGGUCAUCUCGGUCGCCUGGGAAGUGCCGCGUACUCGCGGCGCACGGCAAGACAUCAUCAUCUCGCUUGCCCUCCAUCCCACCAUCCGCGUCUGGUCCGCCUCCUCGCACUCCUGCCUCCACACCCUCGUCGGCCACAUGCACUUUCCGCUCUCGCUCGUCGUCCACCCCUACCUCCUCUUCACAGGCUCGGCUGACACCGCCGUCGGCAUCUGGGACUACCACUCGGGCGAGAACCUGCGCAUGAUGCCUGGCCACGAAGCCUCGGUCCGCGCCCUCCUCGUCUCGGGCAAGCGCCUCAUCUCUGCCUCGCGCGACGCCUCGCUCAUCGUCUGGGACUUUGAGUCGCCCGCAGACGACGACAUUGAUGUCGACAUGAUUGCUCUCCGCAUCGCCUCUUACGACGACGAGAGCUAG